AUGCCUCGUUUCCAUCCCUCGCAACAGUUGCAUGUCCUUCCUUUAAUUCUCGACAUUUAUGACAUAUUCAGGACACUUGAGCACGCCGCAUCUGUGAGGAGGCUGACGGAGAAGGAUAGAGAAGGAGAGAGAAGGAGAACGAGAGCGAGGGGAAUGCCGCGGGGGCAAGACCCACUCUCGCAAUAUGUAAAUCACUCGGUGAGUGGUGGUGGGGCACAGAAGUGGCCUGAGGGAGCCGCGUAUGGAACGGGGAGCGACGCAGUUCGUCUGCAGGAGGGCAUAGCCCACGCAGCCCACGCAGCCCACGCAGCCCGCGCAGAGCCGUACGCACACGACGCACCGUUCUUGGCAUCCCGUGUCCUCACACCACCAACAGUACACACAACACCAACAGUAGCCUCCACACCGUCCCAGCAGCCACUGUCCAAACACCUCUGCCAAGACAUGUCAUGUCGCUGCCAAGACGUGCCAAGACGUGCCAAGACGUGCCAAGACAUCCCUGGGACGUGCCAAGGACAAAUUCACUGUUCUCUUCCGCAGCCAGCAACACCAGGACAAAUUGCAACCGAGCACAAACAGGGACCUGUUCAGCUAAAUAGCAUGUAUAAAAAGGCACUGGACUGGACUCAAGGCCCUGUCGAUCUGAUAUACUUCCCAAAACCAAUAAAUCAAGCUGGACAGCAGAUUAUAAUCACAGCAUUCCUCCAAAAGCCGCACAUGAAUGAGCUCGCUGGCAGAUGUGCUUCGAGACCUCACCGUACCAACGACAGGUCAAUUGUCUAG